ACACCCCAAGUAAGAAACUUUGAAUAGAAUAAAGUUCAACAAUACAAAUAAUGGAUAGAAAUAGAAUUAAAGUGAUCGUCAGAGACAAGUAAAUGGCCUCAUAGUUGCAAAAAAUCCUUGCUUUUCAUGCCGUAAUCAUAUUUUACCUUUUCUUUCGAACCAUAUCUGCUUAUUCAGAACUCUAAAUUUAUUUUAAAAAAAAAGAGACCAAGUUGUCAUUUAAGAGUUUGAAAUUUGAUUAUUGAAGAGAUAUGAAUGAUGGGUUCUUCAAAGGUCAGAGCUUGACGUUUUGGAUUGCUGCCUGUAAUAGACAAAUUAUAGAGAAGUUGUAGAGUGAUGGAGGAGAGAAUUGAACCUGAGAAAAUGUUUGGUUUACCACCAAUCCCACCUUUAAAUGUUGGGAUAGCCAUUGAUGGGAAGAGGAAAAGCAAAUAUCUAGUGAAUUGGGCAUUGGAAAAAUUUAUUCCAGAGGAGAAUGUUGCCUUCAAGUUGUUACAUGUCCGCCCUAUGAUCACAACUGUCCCUACAGCAACUUCAGUGGGAAAUUCGAUUCCAAUAUCACAAGUACGAGAUGAUGUAGCAGCAGCUUACAAGCAGGAAAUGGGGUGGCAGACAAAUCAAAUGCUUCUUCCUUUCAAGAACUUGUGUACUCGGAAUAAGGUUCAAGUAGAUGUCGUCGUGAUAGAAUCUGAUGAUGUGGCUGAGGCAUUAGCAGAGGAAGUUGCUAAGGGCGCCAUCAAAAAGCUGGUUAUAGGAGCUUCUCCUCGUGGCAUGUUUACAAGGAAACUUAAGUUGUCCUCACAAAUAUCCGAUUGCACCCCAAGUUUUUGUACGGUCUAUGCUGUGUCAAAAGGAAAAUUGACAUCUGUCCGACCAUCAGAUCUAGAGACAAUUGGGAGUAUGAGAGAUGACACAAGUGUUGCGAGCUCUACUAAUAGCUCAUCGAGUUGCACUUCCAGCUCACAAACAGAUGCCACGUCAGUCGCAUCAUACACUCCAUUUCAUUCUCCUUCCCUGCUGAUGCAGCGUAAUCAAGCUCUUUCAACAAUAAACCAGGGCCUUCUUCAUACAAGAACAAAUUCCGUUGAGACCAAUCAUUCGAGGUGCCAGUCUUUGGAUAUUGACGGAAACCAGAGCCAUGCUAAUACAAGAACAAAUUUCGUUGAGACCACCAAUCAUUCAAGAUGGCAGUCUAUGGAUAUCGAGGAAGAAAACUGUGAAGCAACUUCUAAUCCCAGUGGUCCAGAAACUGAACAUACAGUCGCUCGAAGUUCUAGUUGCAAAAACAUGCCAACAGAUUACCAAUCAUGGGAAGCCGAUCAAGCUUCCACCUCAGAUGCGCUUACUGAUUAUUCUUCCUCGGACGGGCAGGCAAUUAUUAACUUUGAGCUAGAAAAGCUAAGGAUUGAGCUAAGACAUGUUCGAGGAAUAUAUGCAAUGGCUCAAAGUGAGGCAAUCGAUGCUUCUCGAAAGUUAAAUAAUUUAAGCAAACGUCAUUCGGAGGAAGCAAUAAAGCUCAAGGAAAUAAAUGUCAGGGAGAAGGAAGCUGAAGAAUUAGCAAGGCAGGAGAAGGAAAAGAGUGAAGCUGCAAUAAGGGAAGCGGAAUACAUACGAGAAUGUGCUGAAAGAGAAGCUUCACAAAGGGAAGAAGCUGAGCUAGAAGCCAUUCGCGACGCCAAAGAAAAAGAAAAGCUCGAAAAUGCUCUUUCAGGUCAAGUACAGCAGUACCACAUGUUCUCAUGGGAAGAGAUUGUGUCUGCCACCUCAUCAUUUUCAGAAGAUCUUAAAAUAGGAAUGGGAGCUUAUGGAACAGUCUAUAAAUGCAGUUUGCAUCACACCACUGCAGCUGUGAAAGUCCUUCACUCCAAAGAGAACCCUAAUUCUAAGCAAUUUCUGCAAGAGCUUGAGAUCUUGAGUAAAAUCCGCCAUCCUCACUUGCUUAUCCUUAUCGGUGCUUGUCCUGAGCACGGUUGUCUAGUGUACGAGUACAUGGAGAAUGGUAGCUUGGAUGAUAGGCUAUUCAGGGUGAACAACACACCGUCCAUCCCGUGGUAUGAAAGAUACCGGAUCGCUUGGGAAGUGGCAUCGGCUCUUGCGUUUCUUCAUAACUCCAAGCCAAAGCCAAUUAUUCAUCGCGAUCUGAAACCCGCUAACAUCUUGCUCGAUCAUAACUUUGUGAGCAAGAUUGGUGAUGUUGGACUUUCAACAAUGCUUAAUUCAGAUGCUUCCUUUACAACCACUAUGUACAGGGACACCGGCCCAGUUGGUACUCUCUGCUAUAUAGAUCCCGAGUAUCAAAGAAGCGGGCUGGUUUCUCCAAAAUCGGAUGUAUACGCCUUUGGAAUACUAAUUCUGCAGCUUGUGACUGCAAAACAUGCAAUAGCAUUGACACACAUAAUGGAAACAGCAAUCGACGAUGGACGUUUAUCCGAGAUGUUAGAUUCCAGGGCUGGGAAAUGGCCCCUUGAAGAGACAAAAGAACUCGUUUUAUUAGGAUUAAGCUGUGCAGAAAUGCGUCGAAGAGACAGACCUGAUUUGAAAAAUCAAGUACUUCCUACACUAGAGAGAUUGAAGGAGGUAGCCGAUCGGGCACGAGAUUCAAUUUCCCGUGUUCAACGCAGAACUCCCCCCAAUCAUUUCAUCUGCCCAAUACUUAAGGAUAUAAUGUUGGACCCUUGUGUUGCUGCUGAUGGAUAUAGUUAUGAUCGGAAAGCGAUUGAGAAAUGGCUUGAAGAUAAUGAUAAAUCGCCGAUGACAAAUUUGCCAUUGGCGAGUAAAAAUCUUCUACCAAGUUAUACACUUUUGUCUGCUAUUAUUGAAUGGAAGUCCAAUAAACAGUGACUAUGGCCUUCUAUUUAUUGUGUAGUUCUCACACAGAAAAUGAUUUAUUAUUAUUUUUGUGAAA